ACGUAGAGUAGACCCUUUCUUUCUCUCACCCUCUCACGUUUUACUUAGUAUAAGCUUCAAAGUCCAAACUCAAUGUACCAAAACCAACAUUCUUGCAAAGAAAAAAAAUAUUAAAAAAAAAAAAAAGAAAUAUAUGAAAGUAUUUGAGCUCCAUGAACUUGAAGCCGCCACGGAGAGCUUCUCUCCGUCGCGGCUGAUCGGAAAAGGAAGCCACGGAAGCGUUUACAGAGGCGUCCUCGAAGACGGCACCCAAAUCGCCGUAAAGAAGCAAUCGUUAGCCCUCCAAAAGCUUCAAGACGACACCAAACUCGAAAACGAAGCGAGUAUUCUCUCCUCACUAUCUCCGGAGAGUCAUCCAUGCAUCGUCGACUUUCUCGGUUGCACUAGCGGCGGGCCCCACCCAACCGAGAAAGUGACCGCAAUCGUAACCGAGUACAUGCCGAACGGCACGCUCCACGAGAUCCUCCACCCUUCUACUCUCCCAACGAGUCCCGCGUUGCCACAUCAGCAUCAACAGAUGCUGUUGUGGCGGACGCGUUUGGAGAUCGCGGUGCAGGUAGCAUGUGGGGUCCGGUUCUUGCAUGAGUCGGACCCCACGGUCGUCCACCGCGACAUCAAAUCGGCCAAUAUUUUGCUUGACGACAAUUGGAACGCGAAGCUAGCCGAUUUUGGGCUAGCCACGCGGUUACAUAAUAGUACUAGUAGUAUUGAUGACGUGGCGAAUUAUAAGAUUCCUGCGGGAACUAUAGGGUACAUAGACCCUAGCUACACCACACCUAGCGAGCUGAGCACAAAAGUCGACGUGUUCAGCUACGGAGUGGUGUUGCUGGAGUUAAUAUCCGGCAGAAGAGCGAUCGAUAUGGAUGAAUCUCCGGCCUCAAUCAUUGAUUGGGCUCUCCCAUUGAUCGAGCGGGGCCGGGCGGCGGAUAUCUGCGACGGGAAAAUCGAUUGGCCACGAAAUUUAGUGGGAGGUAGAAUCGAGGAGUUGCUACAAGUGGCGGCUCGUUGUUUGUCCGUCGAACAAAACAAUCGGCCUCCGAUGGAUGAAAUCGUCGGGAUUUUGGAGGGUUUGAUAGUGGAGCCGAUUGUGCGAGCGCCCUUAUCGAUGAACUAUGUUUACGACAUGAUUCUUUCCAUGAUGAGACGAAGAAAGUUUCGAUUAUUUGGUAGCGGGAAGAAAUUGUGUGGUGAAAUUGUGAAGUGUGCAAAUGAUGAUGAUGAUGAUGAUGAUGAUAGUGUUAAUAUGUGUAAAGGGAGCUUGUUGGUUAGGGAAAUCUUGGCUGAUAUUACAUUGAAAUGACUGAUUUUAUUU